UAGCAAAAUGGCCUUCCCCAACAACAGCAUGCUAAGAGCCCUCUUCCUCCUUGUGCUUGUCAGUGUUGCGCAUGCUGGCGGGAAGGCGAAGGAGAGCUCGUCCGCUCCGGCAGAGGGUGGUGGUGGAUCCUGUGAUGGCGGGACAUGCGACAUCACCAAGAUGGGCGCGACUGCCGGCGGCAAGACGGAUUGCACCAAGGCUGUACAGGAGGCAUGGACGUCGGCGUGUGGCGGCACAGGGAAGCAGAAGAUCAUGAUCCCCAAGGGCGACUUCCUAGUCGGGCCGCUCAACUUCACGGGACCGUGCAAGGGUGAUGUGACCAUCCAGCUGGAUGGCAAUCUGCUUGCAACCACGGACCUCAGCCAGUACAAGGCUAACUGGAUCGAGAUCCUGCGCGUGGACAACCUAGUGAUCACCGGCAAGGGCAAGCUCGACGGGCAGGGCCCCGCUGUGUGGGGAAAGAACUCCUGCGCCAAGAAGUACGACUGCAAGAUCCUACCAAACUCGCUGGUUCUGGACUUCGUGAACAAUGGCGAGGUGUCCGGCAUCACGCUGCUCAACUCCAAGUUCUUCCACAUGAACGUGUUCCAGUGCAAGGACAUGGUGAUCAAGGACGUGACGGUCACGGCGCCAGGGGACAGUCCCAACACGGAUGGCAUCCACAUGGGUGACUCGUCCGGGGUCACAAUCAGCAACACGGUCAUCGGUGUCGGCGACGACUGCAUCUCCAUCGGCCCGGGUACCACCAAGGUCAACAUCACCGGCGUCACCUGCGGCCCGGGACACGGCAUCAGCAUCGGCAGCCUUGGGCGGUACAAGGAUGAGAAGGAUGUGACCGACAUCACGGUGAAGGAUUGCACUCUCAAGAAGUCGACCAACGGCCUCCGGAUCAAGGCGUACGAGGACGCCAAGUCCGUGCUCACGGCCUCCAAGAUCCACUAUGAGAACAUCAAGAUGGAGGAUGCAGCGAACCCCAUAAUCAUCGACAUGAAGUACUGCCCCAACAAGAUUUGCACCGCCAGCGGCGACUCCAAGGUCACCGUCAAGGAUGUCUCCUUUAAGAACGUCACCGGCACCUCCUCCACCCCCGAGGCCGUCAGCCUGCUCUGCUCCGACAAGAUCCCAUGCAGCGGAGUCACCAUGGACAAUGUCAAGGUCGAGUACAGUGGCAAAAACAACAAGACCAUGGCAGUCUGCAACAAUGCCAAGGGCUCCUCCACGGGCUGUCUCAAGGAGCUUGCUUGCCUCUGAGCGAUGCAAGCCAAUUUGUUCCCUCCUUCGUUGUCAUCCAUUGAUAUGAUGGUAAGUAUUGGUAAAUACUAUAGCACACCUACAUCUCCUACUUCCAGCUUCUCGUAUGCGUGGAUUUCAUGAGAUCGAGAAAUUUAAAUCCAUACUGGAGCGAUGGAUACUCUUUCGCUUUCUUGAUUUCUCUCAGUAGACAUAACAAUGUGUGCGGCCCUAAAACCGCGUGUAAUGCACUGAGAUGAUGUAUUCCAUGUAUGUAUUUAUGUACUCGAGCUCCGAGUCAGGCCAAUUUUUAUCUUUUUAUUUUGGCAAAAGCUAGAAAGAACACUAUGUAUAACUAGCUAGUGCCUGUGAGUCGUCAAAUAAUGUAUAUGCGGCCGAAUUUUGCUAGAAGUUGUUGUCAUGUUAUUUCCAAGUUCU